AUCAGGGCAGCCAUCCGGCUAACCGUCGCACGAUCAAGCGCUGCCGGUUGAGAGGCCGUCUCUCCUCCGUCGUGCACACGCUCUCGUCGCUAUACGCGGCGGCGUCGGCUCAUUGUGCCUCGCGACAUCGGCAAGUUGGCCGCCACCGUUCCGUCGGGCAGCCCUCUCCCGCCGUUCGGCGCAACUGCGAAGCAAAACUCACCAGCAGCAUGGAACCGAGCUGGGCCCCGGGCCUCAAGGCCCUCGUGCGCCGGCACCGCUACGACUUCGCGGCCGCGGCGGCCGAGGUCGGCGCCACGGCCAAGGAGCUCCGGAUGGAGCUGUCGCGGCAGGAGUUCGGCGUAGCGGCGCCGCCGCCGCCGCCGCUGCCGCCAAAAGCACCGAAGCCCGCGCCACAAAUGCAACCGCCCCCGGAGCCCGUCCUGGACAGCGACGACGACGUCGGGCCCAUCGACAUCGACGCGCUGCGGACGCGCCGCGGCCUUCAGCCCGCUCCCAAGCCGGACGCUCUCGUAAAACCGCAGGCGUCGUGGGACGCCGAGAGCUUUUUUAGGGAGGAGCAGCGGCGCGACCGCGAGAAUUUUGAAAGGAAGCAGAAGGUGUUCGAUCGGGUCCUGGCGACGCUCGGCGGCAAUCAGGGGACCGAGAACGUGCCGCGCGACGUGCUCGAGGCGUUUAAAAGGUCUAGGGAGAAGGAAGAAGAUCGGUUGUUCGAGCAGGAGGAAGCCAUUAGGGAGAGGGCCGAGGCGCGGCGUCUCCAGGCCCAGCGCGAGACGUUGCGGCGGCGUUUUGAGAAGGGCUCGCCGGACGCCGUCGGCCUGGAUCCGCUCGCCGUCAAGAAGCCGAAGGAAGCCACGGAGACGCGCGAGGAGCUGGCCAAGGCCGCGGCGGCCAUGAUGCCUAGGAGAGGAGGCAGCAUCAACUACGACCCGGCCGGGCUCGACAAAAUCCUCGACGGCAUCGAACGCGAGCACGGAAAUAUAGAAGACGGGCCCAUCUCGGCCGAGCUGAGCGAGCUCUUCGCGCUCAUGGACGCGGCGCCCAAAUCCAAGAAGAAGGCCGCGGCGCCGCCGCGGCCCCCCGACCGGAACAACCGCUUCUCUGCUUUAUCGUCGCCCGAGCGCAAGCCGCCGCCGGCGAAGCGCGGCCCGGCGAGCCGCGGGACGCCCGGCGGCCCGUCAGCGCGGAGUCGCGACUACGGCGUGCGCGCGGACUCCGACGGAUCCGACGACGACGACGACUGGCGGAAGGCGCGGGCGGCGCGGAAGACUACUAAGGCUUAGUUC